CAAAAGGUAAACUGUCAAAAUAGAUUUGUUGUUUUUCUUUUUGUACAUCUUUUGGCACCCAAUAAAUUCAUCUUAAAUCUAAUUAAAUUGAUUAAUUAACUUAAGCUCCUUAAUCACCAAACGCACAAACUAUGACACGAGCACAAAAUUCAAAUAAUGGAAGAUUACGAAGUAUGGAAGAGCUGCCAACCGGAGGAAGUCAACCAUCGUUAUGCGUGGCUUAUUUAAUACUAACCGGAACUUCUGGCUGGGCUAUUAAGCAAACAUCGUCAUCCUCCUCAUACGUAACUCUGGGAGCCUUUUCAUUUUUGUUGGGCCACAGCUUGGUCGGAUUUUUGCACACAACUCAUCCAGAUCCUGGGAAUAUUCUCAAACAAAUACUCAAACAGACAACCCUGCUGGCCGAGGUAGCACCUUUAGCCCUACUUAAUGCAGAAUUCUAUCUCCUGACCGGAUUUGCAAAUGAAUACGCAUACGCACAUUUAGUUACGGCUCUUUUGCCGCUAGCUGCACAAGUUUUAAUCGAAGAGCACACCCAAUCGGUUGUUGAUCUGGCAAUUCUUGGAAACCUAGGAUCAAUGGUGUAUAUGCAAGUGGUUAAAGAAACCGGUGUAUGGACUGGAGGCUUGAUUGCUUUGACGGCUUUGAAUCAUUUUGUAUUCAAGCAGUUAUCUUAUCGCUAUGAGGUACCAAGAGCUGAAAUUGUAACCAUUGGACUGAGUUUCUUUACUGUUUUCGCAUUGAAUUGUUUAAAAGACCUCAAGGCUUAGUGUGCUCAACCUCAAACAAACGAUACAAAAUUUACUGAUUUUAUUUUUGGAUGUAUAUAUCUAUUCGAUGGGAAAACAAUAAGAUUUUGUAAAAAAUUAUACCAAACAAAUUAAAAGAAAAUGUCUGUUUUGAUUUAUAUAUAAUAAUAUUUUUGUGAUUGAAGAAAUUUUUUCUAUGUAUGUACUUUAAAUUGAAACAAAUAAAUUAUACAUCUGUUGUUGUUGUAAA